AUAAUUUAUAAAUUAAUAUAUUCCAAAGAAAUGGCUGAAUUCAAGAAAUCUGGAAAACGUCGGAAUGUCAGGAAAAGGGAAAAAACCAGUAGUGACUCUGACGAAAACAAUUCAGCCUCUAGCUCUGUUGUGAGAGGAGACAAAAGAGUAACCCCUGCCAAUCCUCUGAAAUCAGCCACAUGCUCAGUUAAAAAGCUGAAAGAGGAAAGAGAAGCUUUCUUGCCUGCUAUUCAGUCCACUAAAACUGAUGCACCAGAAAUUGAUGGGGGAGCUACAAGAACAUUUGAAUUAGACACAGCUAAAGAAGUUGAUUCAACUACUAUCUACAAACGAAAUCUUGAAAUGAGCAAGAAGGAUGAUGUAAAUGAGGAGUACAAAGAGGUAUAUAAAGGCAGUGGUGCCUAUCAAAAGUUCAUAGAGGUCAAAGAUUCAGUGGUUGCAAAUGCUGGAGGAGGUCAAUUGAAACAAGGGCCUAUCCGACGCCCUGAUCACUUGAGAGCCACUGUUAGAUGGGACUAUGCUCCUGAUAUUUGUAAGGAUUAUAAAGAGACUGGUUUUUGUGGUUUCGGUGACAGCUGCAAAUUUAUGCAUGACAGAAGUGAUUAUAAAAGUGGCUGGCAGCUGGAAAGAGAAUGGCAGGCACAGGAGUACGGUGCACGAGAGAACGAUAACUAUGAAGUAUCAGAUUCAGAUGAUGAAGAUCUUCCUUUUGCUUGUUACAUUUGCCGGGAAAAGUUCACAACUCCUGUUGUUACAAAAUGCAAGCAUUACUUUUGCGAGACAUGUGCUCUGAAACAUUACAAGAAAACCAAACGUUGUUUUGUGUGUGAAGCUAAUACUGGGGGAGUUUUCAAUCCUGCCAAAGAAAUAAUAGCCAAAAUGAAGGCUGCUGAAGAAGCAUAGAGACGAUGUUGUAUUAAUAGUCAAAACAGAAAAGAUGAGACACAAAAUUUAAGUCUUAAAUCAGAGUGCAAUCUAAGUUGUGUUAAAGCUGCAUUAUGGAAUUAUCAUCAGCCUAUAGGAAAGGCAAAAUAAUGUCAUUAUAUGACAUAAUACUCUUUGAUUACCAGAGCUUUUUAAUCUUGGUAGGUAUCAUCUAUUUGACAUCCUAUUUCUAGAUGACGCUUCCAAUGUACAAAAACAGAACUUUUUGCUUUCUUGAAAAGCAACUCAUUAGAGGCACCAUUUUGUUGAUCUUAAUUAUUAAUUAUCCAUUCAUUAUGUACAAUUUAAUAAUUGAAUCGAAAUUAGAAUUAGAAUUAGAAUUAGAAUCAAAUUUACACAGCAAUAC